AGUGCCAACAGGACACCACCGUUCCUGCAGUCCAGAACUCCUCAAUGCCCCCCUUCUGCUGGCAUUCCAGGAGGAUCCUUCUCCUCCAGGAGUUCUCAGAGGGCUGUCUGCAAACCAGCAAGGGCUUUAUCUGACUGUUGUGUUAUGCUUGUCUGCAAGUUCUAGCAGAGCUCUGCAAAAAUGAUCCGGCAAAUCUGUGUCGCAGCAUGUGAUUUUCUGUCUGCAACAUCUGCAAUGUAUUUUCAUCCAGAUAAACCCUGGCUGGUGACAGCUCAUCUGGGGAAUCAGAUCACCCAAUUAUCCAGAGGUAAUCAAGGACGCAGGGCAACCCAUCCUUUGACCCCACCACUGCCACCAGAACCUCAGCUGGCUUCUUCCCUUCUUGGAGAGAAGGAUAAUGAGAAGGAGGUGGAUACGAAAUCUGCACCUGUUCCUACAGCAGAAUCAAUCUACAUGAGCUCUCUGCUGGGAGCUGAAGGUACAGAAGAAGAUGUAUUUCUCCUGCCUGGCACCUUCAGCAGCAGGAGCACAAUGGAAGACCCCAGAGUCCGGCCACAGAAGAAAUUCCAGCUGACAGAGGAACUGCUGGAGCGACUGAGGGGCAUUGUGAACGAGGGGGACCCCAUGACGAAAUACACUGAAUUUGUUAAAAUUGGCCGAGGGGGUUUCGGGACUGUUUACAAAGCCAUCAACCCAGCCACAGGAGAUGUGGUGGCCCUAAAGAAGAUGCCUCUCCGCAAACGGAACAGAAAGGAACUCGUUGUCAACGAGAUCCAGAUCAUGAAGGAAAACCGGCAUCCCAAUAUUGUCAAUUAUAUAGACAGCUACCUGGUGGAUGAAGACCUGUGGCUUGUGAUGGAAUAUGUGGAUGGAGGCACUUUAACCAGCGUUCUUGUCCGAGUCUUUAUAGAGGAAAGAGUUAUAGCUGCUAUCAGCAGGGAGUGCCUCAAAGCCCUGGCUUUCCUUCAUUCAAAGAAUGUGAUCCACAGAGAUGUCAAAAGCGAUAAUAUUCUUCUCGGGAUGGAUGGAUCUGUGAAAUUGACUGAUUUUGGCCUGUGCGCUCAGCUGACCCCGGAGCGGAGCACACGGUGCACAGUGCUCGGCUCUCCUUACUGGGUAGCACCAGAAAUCCUGAAAAGAAAGGAGUAUGACACCCAAGUGGACAUCUGGGCCCUUGGGAUUGUGGCCAUUGAAAUGCUGGAGGGAGAACCUCCGUACUUUAAAGAAAGCCCUGCCCAGGCUCAGCGCCUGAUCGCCCAGAACAGGUACCCCCCUCUGAGGAUGCCCAGCAAGAUGUCCAUUCUGUUCCACGCCUUCCUGCACUCCUGCCUGGACAUCAACCCCAGCAUCCGCUGGACAGCCAGGGAGCUCCUGGAGCAUCCAUUUUUACAAACAGCCGUGAGUCUCUCUGUCCUGCCUGAAUUGAUCCGUGUAGCCAGGAAAAUCUGUCAGGCCAUAGAAGCACUUCAUGCCACCAAAGCCAGCUCAGAGAACAAACAGGAAUAAAAUUUUCACUCCUCUGGGAGAUUUGCUCCCUUCUCACCCGAUGGUUACAUUCA